CGCACUCUUGCGACAUAUUACAUGUAAAAAUGCACCUGAUUUGAUAGGUUAUACCCAAGGACACAUAAGCAAGUAAGGUUAAAAUCAACCAUGUGCGCACUUUCUACGUUUUAGUUAACCACCGCUUUUCUUCGUAUUUACGGGACAACAUUUGCCACACGAUGGCUUUCAGCACAAAGGAAGCAGUCGAGAUUCCACUGACGCGCGAAAUCCUCCUGGACUUUGAGAACGAUGUGGAAAUUACCGAGGAUAUGCUGCCGUUCAAAAUCAACGUGACAAAGAAAUACUUCUGGGUAUUCCUCAACGCGUUGUCAUUCCAAGAAGAGGAUCUUCAGAUUGUUUUUCGAAGCCUCUCGGCUGAAGAAACCCUCGACAACUUCCACUUUGCCAUCUCAUGUCUCACAACGUUCGUCCAGGUAAACUUCACAGGCCCCGACCUGGAUGAGGAAACUGCUACUUUUCUGAAGAACACAGUCAAUGAUGACAAAUGUCGACGCAUGUUAGCGAUGAACAACGAAGAUUGCAAUGUCAAUGUUAAGUUUCCCAGUCUGCUGGUAGCUGCACAGGUUAUUUUCAAGAACUGCAGGAGUAAAUCUUUUGCGAAGUUGUGGUGGAUGUGGAGAACCAUUCUCGUACAUCAAAAGAUAUUAGAUGAGUUGAGUCCUACAUUGUUAUCAGCUGCAGAAGCUCUACAAAAGGUCAUUAAGGACAUUAAUCUUCCAAGCAAUUUACAAGCACUUUUCGAACUUGAACAAGCUCAAUUAUUCUGUGAAUUUCGAAGUGUUGGGAAAGCCGAGGAGCACAUCAACCGCGCGUGUAAAAUAAUGGGCCUGAAACACGAACGCUUCGGAAAACUGGGCAAACGCACUCGGUAUCAAGAGAAAGACAUAGCGCAGUUAAGCAUGGAGGUAAUUUUGCUGGACAAACCCGACGUGGAGCGGCCGGAAGUCAAAGAGCACAAAGUGCCUACAAUUGUCACACUCAACGAUGACGUGCGGCUGGAUAAAAUCGAAUUCGCGAAUGAUAGCAAAGCAAUGCGCUUGCCUGACCUGGAGCAACGAAUACUGCUCAUCCUCGCCCACCACAUGAUGAUCUCGAAGCCUGAGGAUGAUUUGUUCUAUGAAGAAAUGCGCCCGUUUAUCGAAAUCAUUUUAAGUCAAAAUAAUACAUGGGCUGUGCGGACAGCGACGCUGCUCUUGAGGUGUAAAUUGGAGGCGAAACAAAAUCGGACCAAAGAGCGAUCCCUGAUGCAGUGCGAGGAGGUGGUGGUGGCGAUGACGAAGGUGGAUCCACCGCCGUUGAAUCGAGUCGGCGGGGUUUACAGUACGUUUUUGAUGCCGCUAUGGAAGACGAAGGAGCAGUAUGCUGACUUGACACUGAAUCUCGGGUUGAUCAAAGCCGCGUUGGAGUUGUAUACUAGUCUGCAAUUGUGGGAGGAGGUGAUUAUUUGUUAUACUAUUCUGAAAAUGCGGCAUAAAUCAGCGGAGAUUAUCAAAGAACAACUGGAAAUUAAACCGACGGUGAAGUUAUGGUGUUUGUUAGGUGAUGCUACUGAUGAUGCAACCUGUUAUGAAAAAGCUUGGGAACUUUCAAAGCGCCGCUCACAUCGUGCUCAACGACAUUGGGGUUACCAUUACUUCGUCCGCAAGCAGUACGCUGAAUGUAUUUCGCAUUUCGAAAAGUCCGUCAGCAUUAAUCCAUUGCAAGCGAUGGUCUGGUUACGGCUGGGCUUCGCUGCAUUAGAAACGCAAAAUUGGCAAAUUGCUGCCACCGCCUAUCGACGUUACACUACUUUGGAACCGAAUGGUUUUGAAGCAUGGAACAACCUCGCGCAAGCCUACUUAAAACUAGGCAACACACAGAACGCACAUCGAGCCCUCAAAGACGCACUGCGAUGUAAUUUCGAGAAUUGGAAAAUCUGGGAGAACUUCCUCAUCGUCAGCGGGAACAUUGGCAACUGGCAGGACAUGAUUACAUCUUAUCAUAAACUUCUAGACUUGAAAGAGAAGUACUUGAGUUUGGAAUCGUUACGAUUGCUUGUCUAUGAAGUUCUUGAUCAGGGUGACAUGACCGGACCAGAUAUGAAAAAAACACAAGAAUUACUCGGCAGGGUGACUUCAAUAUUUCCUAAUGAAGGCGGCGUGUGGGAUUUAUAUGCCCGAUUGGCAAUGGUACCUCUGCUAAAGAUUCAGCGUUUACAGCGAGCGUAUCGUUGUUAUGCGCAGGGUAAUUGGGCGAAAGAUCCGAAAGUAUGCGUGAAGGUUUUGCAAAUUUGUCUGCGACUAGGCAACGUGAUGGAACAAGACAAUGAGGGUUUGGAUACGGUUAUAAAUUCGGUUCGGUUGAACAUUAGUUCAGCGAUUACUGUUGUGAAGAAAAUGGAGUACGAGGAGACGAAAGCGCUGUUGCAGGAAGUUGCGGAGUUGUUGUGAUUGAAACAAAUGUCAAAAUGCUGAUUAACGCAAAGGUAUGAUUCCAACUUGAUAUGAUCUAUUUUGUAUGAAAUAUGUAUCUUUUGUUAAAUACAUAUAUACUGAACAAAGAA